CUCUGUCCCCCAGAUUUCUUCUCACAAUAUCAGCUCACGAUCUCACAAUUCCCCAGAGUCUCCUAAGUUUGCAAUGCCGUCUCCACCUCCCGAUUGGGUCCAGGCUCUUAAGCCGGCCGAUCCGCAGGGCUCCUCCUUGCUGCAAGAGGAGCGUGCUCAGUCCAAUGUCGCAGUGGACAAGUUGGGCGAGUUGCUGCACACAAAACAAGCUCUCGAACGACAAGACAAAAUUCUCUCGAUCCUCAAGUCGGAAAAGGUCUUCGACAAGUCCGACAACCACACACUAGGCCGGACCGAGCGCAUCCAGCGCUCCCUGGCCAAGGCCAAGCGGCUGCAUCAGCUGGCUGAGCAACACCGCUGGUCCGACGCCGAACUCCUCACUGCCAAUGAUUUGAUGUCAGAGCCUACACCGUAUGGCUUGCAUGCGACCAUGUUCCUGGUAUGUUGAGAAGGCUUUCCCCCGCUUCCAGGUCGGUGCGAAUGCUAAUGGGUGGUCUU